AUGAGUAUUGCACAGUGGUAUUUUACAAAGGAGGAAAUACAAGACACACCUACGAUUCUUGAUGGCAAAUCAUUCGAAGAGGAGCAAAUGGACCGUAUCAAAGGCUGUCAUUACCUGCUGUCUGUGGGUGCAAAGCUAAAUCUACCCCAGCUGGUCGUCGCUACAGCUACCACCUACUUUCAUCGAUUCUUUAUGCGACGAUCCAUGAAAUACUACCAUGUUUAUGAAAUUGCCGCCACCUGCCUGUUUGUUGCUACCAAAGUAGAAGAGUGUACGCGCCGAUUGAGAGACAUUGUCCUUGCCUGUGCUCAAAAGGGACAAAAGAACGACAAGCUCAAGUUGGAAGAAGAUGAAAAAGACUUUAUACGUUGGAAAGAGACACUACUGUACAAUGAGAUUAUAGUUUUGGAGACCCUGUGCUUUGAUUUAUCAGUCGAACACCCACAUACCAUUUUGCUGGAAUUAGAGAAUCAACUGACUGGACAAGUGUCAUCAUCGUCAAUACGGAAAGCAUGGAUGUUAUUGUAUCAGAGCUUGGGUGCGCCGUUGUGUCUGUUGUAUAGACCCAAAGUAGUUGCUGCUGCUGCUUUACUACUGGCAACCAAUCUAUCGUCUACAGACAAGUUAAGCGAAAACUGGUUUGAAAUGCUAGACGACAUUGACAUUGGACAAGUAUACGAGUUGGCAGUGGAGAUGUUGGAGCAUUACAGAGAGCAUUAUCUAGUGAAAAGCUCGAGUACGGCCAGCACCAGCUCGCAAUCCAACUCCCCGCAUCCAUCCCAAAUACAACACACCAAUGGGUUUUAG